AUGCCAGGAACGGUUAUUAUAACUACUUAUCAUGUGCGAGAAUUCUCCUGCGGCACGCUUUACUAUAGGACUUUCUUUGUGGAUUCCAAACGCGACGCGCUCUACGUCGGCGCGAUGGAUCGACUAUAUCGGCUUAAUAUGAAAAACAUAACCGCUUCACAUUGUGACAGAGAUUCUAUAAAUUUGGAGCCGAGUAACGUAGCUCAAUGUGUCUCCAAAGGCAAAUCAGAACAUUUCGACUGUCGAAACCAUGUGAGAGUGAUCCAACCGAUGGGCGACGGAUCCAGGCUUUACGUGUGCGGGACUAACGCUCAUAGCCCUAAAGACUGGGUGCUUUACUCCAACCUGACGCACCUGCCCCGUCACGAGUACGUGCCGGGCAUUGGCAUGGGCGUCGCAAAGUGUCCCUACGACCCAGCUGACAACUCCACAGCUCUGUGGGUGGAGAAAGGCAACCCAGGCUCCCUACCCGCUUUAUACUCGGGAACUAACGCUGAGUUCACUAAAGCAGACACCGUGAUCUUCAGGACUGACCUGCAUAACCUGACAACGGGUCGUCGCGAGUUCUCCUUCAAGCGGACUUUGAAAUAUGACUCGAAAUGGCUAGACAAACCAAAUUUCGUCGGGUCAUUUGACGUGGGCGAAUACGUCUUAUUCUUCUUUCGUGAAACUGCGGUAGAGUAUAUCAAUUGCGGGAAGGCAGUUUACUCGCGGGUGGCGCGAGUAUGCAAGAGGGACACCGGCGGUAAAAACAUUCUAAGUCAAAACUGGGCUACGUAUUUGAAGGCUCGGCUCAAUUGUAGCAUUCCUGGCGAGUUCCCGUUUUACUUCAAUGAAAUACAGAGUAUUUACAAAGUACCUGGCGACGACAGUCGUUUCUACGGGGUUUUCACUACUGCUUCGACUGGUCUUAUGGGAUCAGCCAUAUGCACUUUUACGAUUGGAGAUAUACAAAAAGCUUUCGAAGGGAAGUUUAAAGAACAAGCAACGUCAAGCUCAGCGUGGCUCCCAGUAAUAAGCAGCAAAGUUCCUGAGCCGAGGCCUGGCACAUGUGUAAAUGACACGUCGUCUCUCCCCGAUACUGUACUAAAUUUUAUAAGGUCGCAUCCGUUAAUGGAUAGUGCAGUAUCACACGAACACGAAAAGCCGAUCUACUACAAACGAGAUCUUUUCUUCACACGUCUUGUAGUGGAUAGAGUCAAAGUAGACAUGAUGGGACAUCAGCUAGAUUAUACAGUUUACUACGCGGGAACAAAUGAAGGAAAAAUUCAUAAAAUCGUGCAGUGGACUCGGAACGGCGACAGCCAGUCAGCUUUACUUGACAUCUUCGACGUUACUCCGGGCGAACCAAUUCAGGCCAUGGCCUUGUCUCGGGAGCACGGUUCUCUUUACGCGGCGUCGGAUAGGCGAGUGCUACAGCUACGCUUGGCGCUAUGUACGCGCCGCUACGACGCGUGCGUGCGAUGCGCGCGCGAUCCCUACUGCGGCUGGGAUAGAGAAACUGGCAUAUGCAAGGAAUACUCUAACAAUAUAGGAUUAAUCCAAGAUGUGGCAAAUGAAACUGCAGAUAUUUGCGAUUCAUCGAUUUCUAGAAAAAGUGUAUCAGCGACUUGGGGUCAGAGUUUACACCUCGGUAGUUUCGUCAAGAUGCCAGAAGUACUUCAACCUAGAGCUGUUACCUGGUACCAUUAUUCAAGAGAAAAGGGAAGACACCCAAUCACUUUCAACAAACCAGAAAAAUAUAUAGAGACAUCAGAGCAUGGUCUGCUUAUAAUAUCUGUGAACGAAGCCGACGCCGGCCGCUACGACUGUUGGCUCGGAGGCUCGUUACUCUGUUCUUACAAUAUCACUGUGGAUACGCACAGAUGUUCGCCGCCAGAGAAGAGCAAUGAAUACCAAAAGAUAUACUCGAAUUGGUGUCACGAGUUCGAGAAAUAUAAGACCGCCAUGAAAACUUGGGAAAGAAAACAAGAGCAAUGCGCAAGACAGAACGAUUCAAAUCAGAACACGCACCCGAAUGAGAUUGUG